AUGACUUCCGCACUUGGCUUCGCGUUGCUGCCGUUUGCAUUGACUGCAGCGGUUUUUGCUGGCGUUACCCCGACUGCGCCGGGACCGGGGCAGACCUUCAACGCUGGUAGCAACUGUACAAUCCAGUGGGAUGUAGACCAAAGCGAGACAUGGAAGAACGUCACCAUCGAUCUGAUGUCGGGCUCCAAUAGCAACAUGAGCUUCGUUACCAAUGUCGCUUGGGGUCUCGACGGUACAGACCCCACUCUCACGCCCUUCAACUGGACGUGUCCAGAGGUCGACCCGUAUGCCCCCAUAUACUUCUAUCAGUUCACCAACGGUCUAACUGGAAAUGUAACGUGGACUACUCGUUUCACAAUUGCGUCUUCGAGUGCAGAGUAUUUCUCCCCCACAAAUGCUACCCAACCGAACGGUGACCCUAUCCCAUGGGGUACGGGUAUCCUGGCCGCCAACGGGACCGACUCAACCUCUACUUCUAGCAGCGGAGGUACCACGAAAUCUUCCGGCCCUGCUCCAUCUGCGUCUUCGGUGAAGAAGUCUCACCCAUCGUCUUCCGCUGAGCCGUCUGCAGCAGCCACCGGCGCUGCCAUCUCGCCUGAUUCUGCCGCGCCUACGCCUGCUCUACCCCCAACGUCGAAGAAGCCACAUCCCACCUCGGCCUCGGCCUCUGCUGGCGGUCCGUCGGCUUCCAAAGCUACACACGCCGCGGGCUCAACCAACACCUGCAGCUGCUCCUCGUCCGAUCAGCCGAGCGGGCUGUCGAAGCUGCUGAACGGCGGCGCGCGUGAAGUGGAGAAAGUUUCUGGGUGGACCCAUCUCUUCGUUCCUCUGGUCAUUGCGCUUUUGGUUCUGUACUAG